AUGUUAUUUAUAAGACGAGCACCAGUUGGCAACCUUCCAGACACUUCUCCUCUCGCCUAUCUAUUAUGUCCUCUGCGUCGAGACAAGUCUCCAAGCGUCGAGGCCCGAUUUCAUGUGCAGAGUGCAGGCGAGUCUUCUUCUCCGAGCUGUACUACUCUCAGUCUGACGUUAGGGUCCGCUCGCCCUGCUGAUAGGCGACUAAAGAUCAAGUGUGAGUGCCAUUUCCAGGCCACCAGCCACUCCUAUCCUCUGACGAUACUUUAUAGCGACGAGGGUAAGUCCCCGGCCAUUGGCGACCGAACGUCAUAUAGUAAGCCUAACUCGUAUACUCCCCUGUUAGCUGUGCCUCGCUGUGCCCAGACGGCAGUCUCGUCAGUAAAGGAAGCAGGCGUUGCACCGCAGAGUAGAGGGGUCCGUGAGCUCGAAAAGGGUCUAGAAGACGAGAGAGCUUCCCAUUCCCUCGAGCCCCAUCCUCUCCUAAAUGAUUCCCUAUUGUCUAUCGCGGCUCCUCCCACACAAGAAGACCACAAUGCUGAGGCCGAAAACGGGCCCAUUUCCACAUUUGGAACCCUUAUGAUAACCGAUAGUGACGAAGAAGCAGCAGACUUUCAGCCUUCUGUUGAGCAGGAGGUCGAAGAAAGUAUCCUUGAUUUAUGCAAUAAUUUCCCCUUUGGCACCGUCCAAGGCCUUGAUGCCAUCAAAGACAAACUAUACAACUAUCUCCCACAGGAGGAAUCAGAGGCCAUGUUCUUGGUGGAACGAUUUUUCCAGGACGUCGGCUGGCUAUACAACUUUGUUCCUAAGAAGGGGUUGGACGAGAUGGUCCGAAUUUUGUACGAUCCGAGUGCACCGGCCCUCCCUGCCCACCGCCAGCUGGCACGAGCUGCAUUGGGAGCGGAAAGCGUUUUCGGAACCACCGCAACGCUUGCGACGGUACAAGCCUUGUGUUUGUUAUCAAUGUGGUAUCAACUUUUGGAUGACCAACGUGAUCCCGCCAAGAGCUGGGGCUGCCUCGGUCUGACAUUUAAAGUAGCACAGAGUAUAGGGCUCCACCGUGAUGGAAGAACCUGGGGCAUGUCUGAAGAGGACAUUAUGGACAGACGGAGAGUGUUCUGGGAACUUCAGGCCCUCGAUGUCUGGCAAGCCCUUGGAUAUGGGAGACCGCCUUCCAUGAUGCGGCCCCAUUUCGACACUCCACAACCCUUCGAUACCGAAGAGAGCCUCGGCCACCCACCUCAUUUCCAUAGAUGGAAACAUCACUAUACUUCGGAGGGCAUCAUGAACAUCCUGGAUCAAGUUUUGAUCACCAACUCCAAUACCAUUCCGCCGCACUCUAUCGUAUUGAAACUGGAUACAAAGAUCCGAAGUUGUACGAUUCCCGCCAAAAUACAACUCAAGGACGCCGGUGCCCGAAGUCAAGCGGAUGAUAUGCUCUUGCUUCAACACUUUACAUCGAUGGCCGAAGCUAAAUGGUAUUUACAACAGCUGUCCAAGGAGUCGGCUCUUAUGUAUCUGCAUCGAGGAUUCUUUGCUAGAGCGGUUAGAUAUUAUUGUCUUACUGAAGAGUCAAUACUCACCUUUGUAAAGGUAUUUGAUCCUCCACAUGACCCUCUACGACACAAGUUUGCGCACAGCGUAUUGGCCGUGCCAAAUUCUCAAGUGGUUCAAAGAGCUGGUAUACUCCUAUCCCCAUAUCUUGAGUCGAGUAUUCGGUUCGUUCUCUAUCAUCUCCCAAGAUCGCUAGUAACCCUCGGUGGCUUGGUGACUAUGGCCCCUGGAUGCAACCUGGCAGAUCAAGCUCUGCGAGAAUUCGAUGGGGCUAUUGAAACUCUCAAUAGGGGCACACCUGCGCUACAAAAAUUACAAGUCAAAGCACACCAAAGCCACCAAUUGUAUCGUGCUGGUCAAUGGAAUCCAGAAGUCACGAAAGGUCCGCCACCUCCCGAAAUGCCAGGUCUGGGAACAGCCAUGUUACCUCUGGCAAAUAAACCCACCCAGAGUCCGUCUCCUCCAAAGGACAAAGAGUCCCCACAAUCACCCGCUUCGAUGGGAAAGGGACCAGAACCGUCUUCGAGGGGUAUAAAGGAGGCCCACCUACGAACACCCUCUGAACGUUGGACUAUUAGUUCAGCUGAAUCGCAAGAUUUCAAUAUGCCCAUAUCUCCUCAAGAUCUAAUUGCUCAACAAAGUUUGAACACAAUGGCUUCGUUUGCGUCUAAUCCUGACACUGGCCGACCAUGUUCUCGUGCUCAAUCCUUUGACGACUUUUUACGACUCCAUCGGUUCCAAGACCAGGGUAUGCCUAGCCAGGCAAUGUCGGCUCCAACAGUCGUAUCCAACCUCCCGCAAAGUUCUCAACAACUUCUCCCUACAGGUAUCCAGUCCGUUACCGACCUUGUCGUAGAUCCAUGGGCAACUACUGAAAAUGCCCAUCCAGCUUCCCUCCAGCCUUCGUUCCAUGGUGACAACUUUUACUAUAACCAAGUUAUGGAAAGUUCCUCUGGUCCUGAUAAUUUCAGCUAUGAUCCGCGGGAUCAAAACCCCGUAUACGACAUUAUGUCAGACAAUGAUAUGUCGUGGCAAAUGUUUAUGAACGGGUUAGACAUGGAAACGGCUAAAGACGAAGAGAGACUUCCAGACCCAUUUGAAGUUGGGGAUGAUGAGGAGUUAUCAGACGAAGAGAUUACACCAGCUGCAGUCCCUCCCGUCAAUAGAGAGGUAGAGGCAGCACAAAGACCUCCUCUUGUAGAGCGCCAAAGUGAUACACCUUCUAAUCUAUAUCACAAUGUUCCACCGAUUCGGCCUAUCGGAGCAACACCUUCGCCUCCCCCAAAGGAUGACACUCCCAGAUAUCUAAUCGGAGGAGUACCGACAUUACUAUACCCUAAUCUUUUCCUUCCGAUUCCUGACUCGGAUCUCAACACCCUUAUAGUGGGUAUUUCGAUCGGAUACAGGCUUAGAAUAACCGUUCAUCAGAUGACCAAUAGUUGGCGAGCUACAGCUAAACUUGCGCGGCACAUGCUGCUUUCGACCAGUCCCACAGAGGUCGGAAAGAUUCUUGAUUUAUGGUCUCUUCGUUUAAACUCCCUGGCUCGUCUACGGCUGUAUAAUCAAGCUUCAGCCGAAUGCACGGCUCUGUUUCAUGCCAUGUCUGCGAUCAAUCCUCUUGAAUCUCGUGAACAUCUCUUACGAGAACUACUUCCAUUAGAUCUCGAGUUAUGUCGAGCAAGGCUGCGUUAUUGGGCCAACGAUCAUACGAAGUACGUGGAUGAGCUAAUGCAAAUCUUGAGAAGAUGUAAGGCUCAGGCCCAGAGGUAUAAUCAUCAGGAUGAAGAACGCACCCGGAAGUGGUUGGACAGAGCGGCGAGGGUUUCGGUAGUUUUGGCAUCACAGCUAGUCGAGAUGAAGUCCAUUGUUUCCUCUGCUCCUCCAGAGCUGAGGUCGACACUUGCCAUGAUAUACCUGCAAAUCGGCGAUUUUACCUCGGCUUCUCAUCAUUUCGACCUAUUGGAGAAAGAUGAAAAGGUGGAUAUAGAGCUUAAGAGGAGCGUCGACAUCCUGAGGCAAGCAUUCCUUGGAGAGUGGGGCAAUGCCAUCGAAUUGUUACAAGCUCGUCAGGAAAGUCCUGAGGGUGAAGAGAAUCCAAUCCAAAGGAUCACAGGCAUUGCUAUCCUUGAAGAUGCUUUCAAAACGGCACCUUCUAUUGCGGUCGUUGCAGAGGCCCUCAUCUUCAAUUUAGGUCU